GGUGCCGCCACAGUGAAACAUGACGAUUUGGAUCACUCCAUUAUUCUUGCGGGAAUUUUGCUUAUGACAUCUGAAAGUAAGGGUCUUUUUUCACGAUAUUCUUAAGUGAUUUUUGGUUUUUUGAAGCGAUCAAUGUUAGUUUAGCAAUCCUCUAUUUACUAUUUUGGAAUUCUGCGUCAAUGUGAUUAUUUCCAUCUUCAUUCUCCUAGGCAGACAAACAUCUUUCUAGAACGAACGAAAAAUGAGUGAUGCAGUUUACGCUGCUCGUGCUGCAGACGAGCAGAUAGAAGAAUUCGAUACAGAUGAUGAAGAGUCUGGCGGUGAAGCAAAUCCGAUAACUGACACUGUGGGAACUAAGCCGGUUGUCGAAAAUGCUCAUCAAAAUCCAGCGUUUUCAAACAAACCUCUAAAGCCUAUUAUCGGACGUCAGUCAGCUACUACUUUCCAAAGUAACAAAAUCCAGCACAAACCAAAAAUUUUGGAAAAGAAAAUCACAAUAAAUAUAAAAACACCUUUGAUAAUUGAAACCUCCAAAGAUCAACCCGGGUCUCCAAAAUCUUCAGACUCCAAAGUUGAGGUUGCAGUUGAAACCAAAGAUCACGAAUCUGAAAAAGAAAUACAAAACACCGAUAAAGAAAACACUUAUGCAGCAGCCCCAGAUUAUGCAAAGCAUCUCUCGUAUGAAGGUGCGCUUUGUGUGUAUACAGAACCUGAAACAGGGUGUCAGAUGAUUUGGAAUGCAGAUAAAAAUGCGUGGAUAUCAAGAUCUAAGGAAACUAGUUUGCAAACAAAUCAAACUGCAAAUAAUUCCACAAAAUCUGCGGAUUCUAAGGAUGAUUUGAGCAGGUCAUCUGAGUCUCAGGAUCAAGGAAAAUUUACAGCAGUUGAUCACGAGGCAGUAGAUGAGGAAACUAACAGGCCUGAGUCUGCUGUACCAGGUGGUAUUUACGGAUUUGAGGGAGACACUCAUACUUAUACCGAUCCAAAUGACGGCAGUGUGUAUAUGUGGGAUCGGGAGAAAAAUGCAUGGUUUCCCAAGGUCGAUGAUGAGUUUUUAGCCAGAUACCAAAUGAAUUAUGGCUUCACAGAUCCGUCGGCUGAUCAGACGGAUGCCACAAAAUUGCCUGUGAAAAUUGAAUCAAAAGUUGACAAAGAACAGAAAAAAGCCGAGGCAAAACGGAAAGCCCAAGAACCCUCGACUUGGUUCGAAGUUGACGAGGCUCACAAUACUGCUGUCUAUAUUACGGGUCUUCCAUUGGACAUUACAAUGGAAGAGCUCACCAGCAUAGUCACCAAAUAUGGUCUUCUUGCUCGAGAUGAUAAAGGGAAGGAUAAAAUAAAACUGUACAAAGACAAGGAUGGUCAACCAAAAGGAGAUGCUCUUGUUACAUACAUAAAGGUGGAAUCUGUUAAUCUGGCUCUACAUUUACUGGAUGGUUCUCAGAUACGAGGUAAUACUUUAUCGGUACAAAGGGCGAAAUUUCAGAUGAAAGGGACCUACGAUCCGGCCCUAAAACCAAAAAGAAAGAAGAAGGACAAGGAACGAGCGAAAAAAAUACAUGAAAAGUUGUUCGACUGGAGACCCGAACGAAUGAGAGGCGAACCCCAAAAAUGCGAACGGGUCGUCAUUAUCAAAAAUCUCUUCAACCCAACUGAUUUUGACAAAGAGGUUACUCUUCUUCUUGAAUAUCAACAGGACUUGAGGGCUGAGUGUUCGAAAUGCGGUGAAGUCAAGAAAGUUGUCUUAUACGACAGGCACCCCGAAGGCGUGGCUCAAGUGACUUUCAAGGAACCAGCGGAAGCGCAGGCCUGUAUACAGUUGCUGAACGGCCGAUGGUUUGCCCAGAAACAAAUAUCUGCCGAAAUCUGGGAUGGAAAAACGAAAUACAAAAUCGUUGAAACGGAGGCAGAGAUCGAGGAACGCAUCGCGAAAUGGGACAAGUUUUUGGACGACGAAGAUGACAAGAAGGAAGCCGCCAAGAAGAAGGCGGCGGAAGACGCUGCUGAAAGGGAGCAAAAAACGGUCCAACUUUAAAAACGCAGCGAUGGUAAAACCUCUCUCCUUAUUUUCAUUUUAAUUCAAAUUUCAAUAGAAAUUUCGAUCCGAUUCCAAUCUCCUUAUCAGUCGCGCCGUUCCUCCGACUCCGAAAUUUUUUCGUAAAUUUACUUUAUCGAAAGGAUUUUUGUAUUUUAUUUUUUUUACUUUUCGACCGCAUCGCGUUCCACCGCAUUCAUACACGAUCCAAGAUCCCGCCUUUAGAUACCCCAAUACGAGAUGCGUUCCACCGGCGAGAAUGGUACCUUGAUUACGGUAUUGAAAGAUAUUUUGAUCUCGAGUACAGAGCUCUUGUACAUCGAGUGAAUCGAUCGCUGCUAUAUUAGCAACAUCGAUAAUUGUGUAUCAUUGUUAUAAUGUGCGUAAGGUAUAAUUGUACAAAAUGAAAAAUUUUAAUAUUAUAUGCCCGGAAUUUGUUUCUUCCGAA